AUGGAACCUACCAGUAGAAACGAAAUUGCCUUCAUUUCAGGUCCGAUCGAUACUGGACCUGAUGAAUCCUAUUUUCACACUCACUAUGUAUCCCGAAUCAACCAUGCAAUCGAGCACAAUCACCGCUUUGUUAUUGGUCCGAUCCCAACUGGCGUGGACGCAGAUGCGCUCACCUAUCUCUUGGCAUAUCCCGUGUCACCUAGCCGAGUCACCAUCUUUAUGACCCAAACCGAGAACGGGAUAUGGGGGGCGCACUUCCGCUCGUUCGGAGUCAACGUGCAGGUGGUGGAAGGCCAAAUGAGUCGUGAUCGAGACGCGGCUCUAACCAGUGCCAGUACGUACGAUAUUCUACGGGUACGUACAAAGAAGGAGGCAAAGGCAUUUUAUGGCGACAUGUGGCGCGACGGAUAUGUCACGAAUACGGAGCGCAAUUGGAAGCGACGUCGGGGAAUCGCAGAGGAUGAGAUUAUCGGAGAGGAGACGAUCAAUCGAUGUAUGACAACUCCCGCUCGACAGGUCGCCGUGAUCACGGUGGUUUAUUUCAUCAUUCGAUACUUCAAUCGCACUGAUAUCCCUAAGAUUAAAGGCCUCCCGGAGAUUCCUGUCACGGGGAAAUGGGCAAAGAAAUUUGGCCCAGUUUUCCAAGUGCGCAUGGGAAACAAGCGCAUCGUGUUCGCCAACAGCUUUGACGCCGUCCGUCAAUUGUGGAUUAAGGACUCGUCGGCUUUGAUCUCCCGCCCAACUUUCCACACUUUCCACAGCGUCGUCUCCAGUUCACAGGGCUUCACGAUCGGAACUUCCCCGUGGGAUGAUUCCUGUAAGAAACGCCGCAAGGCAGCUGCCACUGCGCUGAAUCGACCGGCCGUGCAAUCGUAUAUGCCCAUCAUCGAUCUUGAAUCCAAUUCCAGCAUCAAAGAACUGUACCGGGACAGCCAGAACGGCAAACGUGACGUGAAUCCCACUGCAUACUUCCAGCGAUACGCUCUCAACACCAGUUUGACUCUGAACUAUGGAUUCCGCAUCGAGGGCAAUGUGGAUGAUACGCUGCUGCAUGAGAUUGUGGAUGUGGAGCGUGGUAUGAACAACGAGGCCGCCGACUUCCGGGGUCGCCGUGAUAAAUAUCUGACCUACUUGCUCGAUAUGCUCAAGGAUCGAAUCGCCAAGGGAACCGAUAAGCCUUGCAUCACUGGUAAUAUCUUGAAGGAUCCCGAGGCUAAGCUGAAUGAUGCCGAGGUGAAAUCGAUCUGUUUGACUAUGGUGUCGGCUGGUCUUGACACCGUUCCGGGGAACUUGAUUAUGGGAAUUGCCUACCUGGCAUCCGAAGACGGCCAAAGAAUUCAGAAAAAGGCCUAUGAUGCAAUCAUGGAGGUAUACCCGGAUGGCGAUGCUUGGGAGAAAUGUUUGGUGGAGGAGAAGGUCCCUUAUGUGACGGCAUUGGUCAAGGAGGUCUUGCGGUUCUGGACGGUCAUUCCUAUUUGUCUGCCACGCGAGAGCACCAAGGAUAUCCAGUGGAAUGGAGCUACAAUCCCUGCCGGGACGACCUUCUUCAUGAAUGCUUGGGCUGCCGAUUACGAUGAAGAUCACUUUAAGGAUGCCGAUAAAUUCAUCCCGGAGCGUUAUUUGGAGGCCAGUGAGGGUGCAGGCACUCCACACUAUGCAUAUGGAGCGGGAUCACGUAUGUGUGCAGGCUCACAUCUCGCCAAUCGCGAGCUGUUCACUGCUUUUAUCCGCCUCAUCACUGCUUUCAACAUGCACACGGCGAAGGAGACGGCCGACCGACCAAUUCUGAAUGCAAUUGAGUGCAAUUUGAUUCCGACAGCCUUGACAACCGAGCCGAAGCCAUUCAAGGUUGGCUUUAGUGCACGCGACCCUAAGAAGCUUGAGCAGUGGAUUGCUGAGAGCGAUGAACGCACCAAAGAUCUAUAA